AUGGGUAAAUCUGCCAAAUUCUAUAAACGACCAUCAAAGAAAGAAAAGGAGGGUCUUGCUAUUAAGAAGCUCAUUGAACCUACAACAAUCACAAAAAAAGGUAGCAAGGAUAACAAAAAGAUCCAUGUCCCAGCUUCCAUGUUUGCCGACAAAAAGAACAAGGAUGUUGCACCGCCAGCAGCAGUAGAUCAAGAUGUAGAGAUGGAUACAGACGAAACUCCCAAUACUGCUCAAAAGAGCAAGAAGGAGAAGGAGCCAGAGUUACCAGACUAUGUGGAUUUGUUCUCUGGAAAGAAGACCUUCAAGAAGAUUCCCAAGAAGAGAAAGUAA